AUGCCCCAUUCUCCCGCUUUUCAUCACCCCGCCCCAUUCUCCCGCUUUCCAUCAACCCGUCCCAUUCUCCCGCUUUCCAUCAUCCCGCCCCAUUCUCCCGCUUUCCAUCACCCCGCCCCAUUCUCCCGCUUUCCAUCACCCCGCCACAUUCUCCCGCUUUCCACCACCCCGCCCCAUUCUUCUGCUUCCAUCACCCCGCCCCAUUCUCCCACUUUCCAUCACCCCGCCCCAUCCUCCCACCUUCCAUCACCCCGCCCCAUUCGCCCUCCUUCCAUCACCCCGCCCCAUUCUCCAUCCUUCCAUCACCCCGCCCCAUUCUCCUGGGUUCCAUCACCCCGCCACAUUCUCCCGCGUUCCAUCACUCCGCCCCAUUCUCCCGCUUUCCUUCACCCCGCCCCAUUCUCCCGUUUUCCAUCACCCUGCCCAUUCUCCCGCUUUCCAUCACCCCGCCCCAUUCUCCCGCUUUCCAUCACCCCGCCCCAUUCUCCCGCUUUCCAUCACCCCGCCCCAUUCUCCCGCUUUCCAUCACCCCGCCCCAAUCUCCCUCUUUCCAUCACCCCACCCCAUUCUCCCUCCUUCCAUCACCUCGGCCCAUUCUCCUUCCUUCCAUCACCCUGCCCCAUUCUCCCGCUUUCCAUCACCCCGCCCCAUUUUCCCGUUUUCCAUCACCCCGCCCCAUUCUCCUGCUUUCCAUCACCCCGCCCCAUUCUCCUGCUUUCCACCACCCUGCCCCAUUCUCCCGCUUUCCAUCACCCCGCCCCAUUCUCCCGCUUUCCAUCACCUCACCCCAUCCUCCCACCUUCUAUCACCCCGCCCCAUUCUCCCUCCUUCCAUCACCUCGCCCCAUUCUCCCGCUUUCCAUCACCCCGCCCCAUUCUCCCGCUUUCCAUCACCCCACCCCAUUCCCCCGCUUUCCAUCAUCCCGCACCAUUCUCCCGCUUUCCGUCACCCCGCCCCGUUCUCCCGCUUUCCAUCACCCCGCCCAAUUCUCCCGCUUUCCAUCACCCCGCCCCAUUCUCCCGCUUUCCAUCACCCCGCCCCAUUCUUCCUCUUUCCAUCACCCCGCCCCAUUCUCCCUCCUUCCAUCACCCCGCCCCAUUCUCUUCUUCCCAUAACCCCAGCCCUAUCUCCCGCAUUCCAUCACCCCGCCAAUUUCUCCCUCUUCACCCCGCCCCAUUCUCCCUCCUUCCAUCACCCCGCCCCAUUCUCCCUCCUUCCAUCACCCCGCCCCAUUCUCCCGCUUUCCAUCACCCCGCCCCAUUCUCCCGCUUUCCAUCACCCCGCCCCAUUCUCCCGCUUUCCAUCACCCCGCCCCAUUCUCCCGCUUUCCAUCAACCUGCCCCCUUCUCCCGCUUUCCAUCACCCCGCCCCAUUCUCCCGCAUUCCAUCACCCCGCCCCAUUUUCCCGUUUUCCAUCACCUCGCCCCAUUCUCCUUGCUUCCAUCACCCUGCCCCAAUCUCCCUCCUUCCAUCACCCCGUCCCAUUCUCCCGCUUUCCAUCUCCCCGCCCCAUUCUCCCGCUUUCCAUCACCCUGCCCCAUUCUCCCGCUUUCCAUCAUCCCGCCCCAUUCUUCCGCUUCCCAUCAUCCCGCCCCGUUCCCCCGCUUUCCAUCACCCCUCCCCAUUCUCCCUCCUUCCAUCACCCCGCCCCAUUCUCCCGCUUUCCAUCAUCUGCCCCAUUCUCCUGCUUUCCAUCACCUCGCCCCAUUCUCCCGCUUUCCAUCACCCCGCCCCAUUCUUCUGCUUUCCAUCACCCCGCCCUAUUCUCCCGCUUUCCAUCACCCCGCACCAUUCACCCGCUUUCCAUCACCCGCCCCAUCUCCCGCUUUCCAUCACCCCAACCCAUUCUCUCGCUCUCCAUCACCCCGCCCCAUUCUCCCGCUUUUCAUCACCCCGCCCCAUUCUCCCGCUUUCCAACACCCCUCCCCAUUCUCCCGCUUUCCAUCACCCCGCCCCAUUCUCCCGCUUUCCAUCACCCCGCCCCAUUGUCCCGCUUUCCAUCACUCCGCCCCAUUCUCCCGCUUUCCAUCAACCCGCCCCAUUCUCCCGCUUUCCAUCACCCCGCCCUAUUCUCCCUCCUUCCAUCACCCUGCCUCAUUCUCCCUUCUUCCAUCACCCCGCCCCAUUCUCCCGCUUUCUAUCACCCCGCCCCAUUCUCCCGCUUUCCAUCACCCAGCCCCAUUCUCCCGCUUUCCAUCACCCCGCCCCAUUUUCCCGCUUUCCAUCACCCCGCCCCAUUCUCCCGCUUUCCAUCACCCCGCCCCAUUCUCCCGCUUUCCAUCACCCCGCCCCAUUCUCCCGCUUUCCAUCACCCUGCCCCAUUCUCCCUCCUUCCAUCACCCCGCCCCAUUCUCCCGCUUUCCAUCACCCCGCCCCAUUCUCCCUCCUUCCAUCACCCCGCCCAAUUCUCCCUCCUCCCAUCACCCUGCCCCAUUCUUCCGCUUUCCAUCACCCUGCCCCAUUCUCCCGCUUCCCAUAACCCCACCCCAUUCUCCCGCUUUCCAUCACCCCGCCACAUUCUCCCACUUUCCAUCACCCCGCCCCCUUCUCUCUCCUUCCAUCACCCUGCCCCAUUCUCCCGCUUUCCAUCACCCCGCCCCAUUUUCCCGUUUUCCAUCACCCCGUCCCAUUCUCCUGCUCUCCAUCACCCCGCCCCAUUCUCCCGCUUUCCACCACCCCGCCCCAUUCUCCCGCUUUCCAUCACCCCGCCCCAUUCUCCCACUUUCCAUCACCCCACCCCAUCCUCCCACCUUCUAUCACCCCGCCCCAUUCUCCCUCCUUCCAUCACCCCGCCCCAUUCUCCCGCUUUUCAUCACCCCGCCCCAUUCUCCCGCUUUCCAUCAGCCCGCCCCAUUCUCCCGCUUUCCAUCACCCCGCCCCAUUAUCCCGCUUUCCAUCACCCCGCCCCAUUCUCCCGCUUUCCAUCAACCUGCCCCCUUCUCCCGCUGUCCAUCACCCCGCCCCAUUCUCCCGCAUUCCAUCACCCCGCCCCAUUUUCCCGUUUUCCAUCACCUCGCCCCAUCUUCCUUGCUUCCAUCACCCUGCCCCAAUCUCCCUCCUUCCAUCACCCCGUCCCAUUCUCCCGCUUUCCAUCUCCCCGCCCCAUUCUCCCGCUUUCCAUCACCCUGCCCCAUUCUCCCGCUUUCCAUCAUCCCGCCCCAUUCUUCCGCUUCCCAUCAUCCCGCCCCGUUCCCCCGCUUUCCAUCACCCCUCCCCAUUCUCCCUCCUUCCAUCACCCCGCCCCAUUCUCCCGCUUUCCAUCAUCUGCCCCAUUCUCCUGCUUUCCAUCACCUCGCCCCAUUCUCCCGCUUUCCAUCACCCCGCCCCAUUCUUCUGCUUUCUAUCACCCCGCCCCAUUCUCCCGCUUUCCAUCACCCAGCCCCAUUCUCCCGCUUUCCAUCACCUCGCCCCAUUUUCCCGCUUUCCAUCACCCCGCCCCAUUCUCCCGCUUUCCAUCACCCCGCCCCAUUCUCCCGCUUUCCAUCACCCCGCCCCAUUCUCCCGCUUUCCAUCACCCUGCCCCAUUCUCCGUCCUUCCAUCACCCCGCCCCAUUCUCCCGCUUUCCAUCACCCCGCCCCAUUCUCCCUCCUUCCAUCACCCCGCCCAAUUCUCCCUCCUCCCAUCACCCUGCCCCAUUCUCCCGCUUUCCAUCACCCUGCCCCAUUCUCCCGCUUCCCAUAACCCCGCCCCAUUCUCCCGCUUUCCAUCACCCCGCCACAUUCUCCCACUUUCCAUCACCCCGCCCCCUUCUCUCUCCUUCCAUCACCCUGCCCCAUUCUCCCGCUUUCCAUCACCCCGCCCCAUUUUCCCGUUUUCCAUCACCCCGUCCCAUUCUCCUGCUUUCCAUCACCCCGCCCCAUUCUCCCGCUUUCCACCACCCCGCCCCAUUCUCCCGCUUUCCAUCACCCCGCCCCAUUCUCCCACUUUCCAUCACCCCACCCCAUCCUCCCACCUUCUAUCACCCCGCCCCAUUCUCCCUCCUUCCAUCACCCCGCCCCAUUCUCCCGCUUUCCAUCACCCCGCCCCAUUCUCCUGCUUUCCAUCACCCCGCCCCAUUCCCCUGCUUUGCAUCACCCUGCCCCAUUCUCCCGCUUUCCAUCACCCGCCCCGUUCUCCCGCUUUCCAUCACCCCGCCCAAUUCUCCCGCUUUCCAUCACCCCGCCCCAUUCUCCCGCUUUCCAUCACCCCGCCCCAUUCUCCCUCUUUCCAUCACCCCGCCCCAUUCUCCCUCCUUCCAUCACCCCGCCCCAUUCUCCGCUUCCCAUAACCCCAGCCCCAUCUCCCGCUUUCCAUCACCCCGCCACAUUCUCCCACUUUCCAUCACCCCGCCCCAUUCUCCCUCCUUCCAUCACCCCGCCCCAUUCUCCCUCCUUCCAUCACCCCGCCCCAUUCUCCCGCAUUCCAUCUCCCCGCCCCAUUCUCCCGCUUUCCAUCACCCUGCCCCAUUCUCCUGCUUUCCAUCACCCCGCCCCAUUCUUCCGCUUCCCAUCAUCCCGCCCCAUUCCCCCACUUUCCAUCACCCCUCCCCAUUCUCCCUCCUUCCAUCACCCCGCCCCAUUCUCCCGCUUUCCAUCACCCGCCCCAUUCUCCUGCUUUCCAUCACCUCGCCCCAUUCUCCCACAUUCCAUCACCUCGCCCCAUUCUUCUGCUUUCCAUCACCCCGCCCCAUUCUCCCGCUUUCCAUCACCCCACACCAUUCACCCGCUUUCCAUCACCCGCCCCAUCUCCAGCUUUCCAUCAACCCGCCCCAUUCUCCCGCUCUCCAUCACCCCGCCCCAUUCUCCCGCUUUUCAUCACCCCGCCCCAUUCUCCCGCUUUCCAACACCCCUCCCCAUUCUCCCGCUUUCCAUCACCCCGCCCCAUUCUCCCGCUUUCCAUCACCCCGCCCCAUUGUCCCGCUUUCCAUCACUCCGCCCCAUUCUCUUGCUUUCCAUCACCCCGCCCCAUUCUCCCGCUUUCCAUCACCCCGGCCCAUUCUCCCUCCUUCCAUCACCCUGCCUCAUUCUCCCUCCUUCCAUCACCCCGCCCCAUGCUCCCGCUUUCCUUCACCCUGCCCCAUUCUCCCGCUUUCCAUCACCCAGCCCCAUUCUCCCGCUUUCCAUCACCCCGCCCCAUUCUCCGGCUUUCCAUCACCCUUCCCCAGUCCCCCGCUUUCCAUCACCCCGCCCCAUUCUCCCUCCUUCCAUCACCCCACCCCAUUCUCCCGCUUUUCAUCACCCCGCCCCAUUCUCCCUCCUUCCAUAACCCCGCCCCAUUUUCCCGCUUUCCAUCACCCCGCCCCAAUCUCCCGCUUUCCAUCACCCUGCCCCAAUCUUCCGCUUUCCAUCACCCCGCCCCAUUCUCCCUCCUUCCAUCACCCAGCCCCAUUCUCCCGCUUUCCAUCACCCAGCCCCAUUCUCCCGCUUUCCAUCAUCCCGCCCCAUUCUCUCGCUUUCCAUCACCCCGCCCCAUUCUCCCGCUUUCCAUCACCCCACCCCAUUCUCCCGCUUUCCAUCACCCCGCCACAUUCUCCCGCUUUCCAUCACCCCACCCCAUUCUCCCUCCUUCCAUCACCCCGCCCCAUUUUCCCGCUUUCUAUCACCCCGCCCCAUUCUCCCUCCUUCCAUCACCCCGCCCCAUUCUCCCUCCUUCCAUCACCCCGCCCCAUUCUACCGCUUUCCAUCACCCCGCCCCAUUCUCCCGCUUCCCAUAACCCCACCCAAUUCUCCCGCUUUCCAUCACCCCGCCACAUUCUCCCGCUUUCCAUCACCCCGCCCCAUUCUCCUUCCUUCCAUCACCCCGCCCCAUUCUCCCUCCUUCCAUCGCCCCGCCCCAUUCUCCCGCUUUCCAUCAGCCCGCCCCAUUCUCCCGCUUUCCAUCACCCCGCCCCAUUCUCCCGCUUUCCAUCACCCCGCCCCAUUCUCCCGCUUUCCAUCACCCCCCCCCCCUUCUCCCUCCUUCCAUCACCCCGCCCCAUUCUCCCUCCUUCCAUCACCCCGCCCCAUUCUCCCGCUUUCCAUCAGCCCGCCCCAUUCUCCCGCUUUCCAUCACCCCGCCCAUUUCUCCCUCUUUCCAUCUCCCCGCCCCAUUCUCCCGCUUUCCAUCACCCCGCCCCAUUCUCCCGCUUUCCAUCACCCCGCCCCAUUCUUCCGCUUCCCAUCAUCCCGCCCCAUUCCCCCGCUUUCCAUCACCCCGCCCCAUUUUCCCGCUUUCCAUCACCCCGCCCCAAUCUCCCGCUUUCCAUCACCCUGCCCCAAUCUUCCGCUUUCCAUCACCCCGCCCCAUUCUCCCUCCUUCCAUCACCCCGCCCCAUUCUCCCGCUUUCCAUCACCCCGCCCCAUUCUCCCGCUUUCCAUCACCCCGCCCCAUUCUCCCGCUUUCCAUCACCCUGCCCCAUUCUCCCGCUGUCCAUCACCCCGCCCCAUUCUCCCUCCUUCCAUCACCCCGCCCCAUUCUCCCGCUUUCCAUCACCCCGCCCCAUUCUCCCUCCUUCCAUCACCCCGCCCCAUUCUCCCUCCUUCCAUCACCCCGCCCCAUUCUCUUGCUUUCCAUCACCCAGCCCCAUUCUCCCGCUUUCCAUCACCCCGCCCCAUUUUCCCGCUUUCCAUCACCCCGCCCCAUUCUCCCGCUUUCCAUCACCUUGCCCCAAUCUCCCGCUUUCCAUCACCCCGCCCCAUUCUCCCUCCUUCCAUCACCCCGCCCCAUUCUCCCGCUUUCCAUCACCCCGCCCCAUUCUCCCGCUUUCCAUCACCCAGCCCCAUUCUCCCGCUUUCCAUCACCCCGCCCCAUUCUCCCGCUUUCCAUCACCCCGCCCCAUUCUCCCGCUUUCCAUCACCCUGCCCCAUUCUCCCUCCUUCCAUCACCCCGCCCCAUUCUCCCGCUUUCCAUCACCCCGCCCCAUUCUCUCUCCUUCCAUCACCCCGCCCCAUUCUCCCUCCUUCCAUCACCCCGCCCCAUUCUCCCGCUUUCCAUCACCCCGCCCCAUUCUCCCGCUUCCCAUAACGCCACCCCAUUCUCCCACUUUCCAUCACCCCGCCACAUUCUCAUGCUCCCGCCCCAUUCUCCCGCUUUCCAUCACCCCUCCCCUUUCUCCCGCUUUCCAUCUCCCCGCCCCAUUCUCCCGCUUUCCAUCACCCCGCCCCAUUCUCCCGCUUUCCAUCACACCGCCCCAUUCUUCCGCUUCCCAUCAUCCCGCCCCAUACCCCCGCUUUCCAUCACCCCUCCCCAUUCUCCCUCCUUCCAUCACCCCGCCCCAUUCUCUCGCUUUCCAUCACCCCGCCCCAUUCUCCCGCUUUCCAUCACCCCCCCCAUUCUCCCGCUUUCCAUCACCCCGCCCCAUUCUCCCGCUUUCCAUCACCCCGCCCCAAUCUCCCUCCUUCCAUCACCCCGCCCCAUUCUCCCGCUUUCCAUCACCCUGCCCCAUUCUUCCGCUUCCCAUAACCCCACCCCAUUCUCCCGCUUUCCAUCACCCCGCCACAUUUUCCCACUUUCCAUCACCCCGCCCCCUUCUCUCUCCUUCCAUCACCCCGCCCCAUUCUCCCUCCUUCCAUCACCCCGCCCCAUUCUCCCGCUUUUCAUCAGCCCGCCCCAUUUUCCCGCUUUCCAUCACCCCGCCCCUUUCUCCCGCUUUCCAUCUCCCCCCCCAUUCUCCCGCUUCCCAUCAUCCCGCCCCAUUCUCCCGCUUUCCAUCACCCCUCCCCAUUCUCCCUCCUUCCAUCACCACGCCCCAUUCUCUCGCUUUCCAUCACCCCGCCCCAUUCUCCCGCUUUCCAUCACCCCCCCCAUUCUCCCGCUUUCCAUCACCCCGCCCCAUUCUCCCGCUUUCCAUCACCCCGCCCCAUUCUCCCUCCUUCCAUCACCCCGCCCCAUUCUCCCGCUUUCCAUCACCCCGCCCCAUUCUUCCGCUUCCCAUAACCCCACCCCAUUCUCCCGCUUUCCAUCACCCCGCCCCAUUCUCCCGCUUUCCAUCACCCCCCCCAUUCUCCCGCUUCCCAUCAUCCCGCCCCAUUCUCCCGCUUUCCAUCACCCCUCCCCAUUCUCCCUCCUUCCAUCACCACGCCCCAUUCUCUCGCUUUCCAUCACCCCGCCCCAUUCUCCCGCUUUCCAUCACCCCCCCCAUUCUCCCGCUUUCCAUCACCCCGCCCCAUUCUCCCGCUUUCCAUCACCCCGCCCCAUUCUCCCUCCUUCCAUCACCCCGCCCCAUUCUCCCGCUUUCCAUCACCCCGCCCCAUUCUUCCGCUUCCCAUAACCCCACCCCAUUCUCCCGCUUUCCAUCACCCCGCCACAUUUUCCCACUUUCCAUCACCCCGCCCCCUUCUCUCUCCUUCCAUCACCCCGCCCCAUUCUCCCUCCUUCCAUCACCCCGCCCCAUUCUCCCGCUUUUCAUCAGCCCGCCCCAUUCUCCCGCUUUCCAUCACCCCGCCCCUUUCUCCCGCUUUCCAUCUCCCCACCCCAUUCUCCCGCUUUCCAUCACCCCGCCCCAUUCUCCCGCUUUCCAUCACCCCGCCCCAUUCUUCCGCUUCCCAUCAUCCCGCCCCAUUCUCCCGCUUUCCAUCACCCCUCCCCAUUCUCCCUCCUUCCAUCACCCCGCCCCAUUCUCUCGCUUUCCAUCACCCCGCCCCAUUCUCCCGCUUUCCAUCACCCCCCCCAUUCUCCCGCUUUCCAUCACCCCGCCCCAUUCUCCCGCUUUCCAUCACCCCGCCCCAUUCUCCCUCAUUCCAUCACCCCGCCCCAUUCUCCCGCUUUCCAUCACCCCGCCCCAUUCUUCCGCUUCCCAUCAUCGCGCCACAUACCCCCGCUUUCCAUCACCCCUCCCCAUUCUCCCUCCUUCCAUCACCCCGCCCCAUUCUCUCGCUUUCCAUCACCCCGCCCCAUUCUCCCGCUUUCCAUCACCCCCCCCAUUCUCCCGCUUUCCAUCACCCCGGCCCAUUCUCCCGCUUUCCAUCACCCCGCCCCAUUCUCCCUCCUUCCAUCACCCCGCCCCAUUCUCCCUCAUUCCAUCACCCCAACCCAUUCUCCCGCUUUCCAUCACCCCGCCCCAUUCUUCCGCUUUCCAUCACCCCGCCCCAUUCUUCCGCUUCCCAUCAUCCCGCCCCAUUCCCCCGCUUUCCAUCACCCCUCCCCAUUCUCCCUCCUUCCAUCACCCCGCCCCAUUCUGCCGCUUUCCAUCACCCGCCCCAUUCUCCCGCUUUCCCGCCACAUUCUUCCGCUUUCCAUCACCCCGCCCCAUUCUCCCGCUUUCCAUCACCCCGCCCCAUUCACCCGCUUUCCAUCACCUGCCCCAUUCUCCCGCUUUCCAUCACCCCGCCCCAUUCUCCCGCUUUCCAUCAACCCGCCCCAUUCUCCCGCUUUUCAUCACCCUGCCCCAUUCUCCUGCUUUCCAACACCGCGCCCCAUUCUCCCGCUUUCCAUCACCCCGCCCCAUUCUCCCGCUUUCCAUCACUCCGCCCCAUUCUCCCGCUUUCCAUCACCCCGCCCCAUUCUCCCACUUUCCAUCACCCCACCCCAUUCUCCCUCCUUCCAUCACCCAGCCUCAUUCUCUCUCCUUCCAUCACCCCGCCCCAUUCUCCCGCUUUCCAUCACCCUGCCCCAUUCUCUCGCUUUCCAUCACCCAGCCCCAUUCUCCCGCUUUCCAUCACCCCGCCCCAUUUUCCCGCUUUCCAUCACCUCGCCCCAUUCUCCCGCUUUCCAUCACCCUGCCCCAAUCUCCCGCUUUCCAUCACCCCGCCCCAUUCUCCCUCCUUCCAUCACCCCGCCCCAUUCUCCCACUUUCCAUCACCCCGCCCCAUUCUCCCGCUUUCCAUCACCCAGCCACAUUCUCCCGCUUUCCAUCACCCCGCCCCAUUCUCCCGCUUUCCAUCACCCCGCCCCAUUCUCCCGCUUUCCAUCACCCCGCCCCAUUCUCCCUCCUUCCAUCACCCCGCCCCAUUCUCCCGCUUUCCAUCACCCCGCCCCAUUCUCCCUCCUUCCAUCACCCCGCCCCAUUCUCCCUCCUUCCAUCACCCCGCCCCAUUCUCCCGCUUUCCAUCACCCCGCCCCAUUCUCCCGCUUCCCAUAACGCCACCCCAUUCUCCCACUUUCCAUCACCCCGCCACAUUCUCCUGCUUUCUAUCACCCCGCCCCAUUCUCCCUCCUUCCAUCACCCCGCCCCAUUCUCCUGCUUUCCAUCACCCCGCCCCAUUCUCCCGAUUUCCAUCACCCCGCCCCAUUCUCUCGCUUUCCAUCACCCCGCCCCAUUCUCCCGCUUUCCACCAUCCAGCCCCAUUCUCCCUCCUUCCAUCACCCCGCCCCAUUCUCCCGCUUUCCAUCAUCCCGCCCCAUUCUCCUUCCUUCCAUCACCCCGCCCCAUUCUCCCUCCUUCCAUCACCCCGCCCCAUUCUCCCGCUUUCCAUCAUCCCGCCCCAUUCUCCCUCCUUCCAUCACCCCGCCCCAUUCUCCCUCCUUCCAUCACCCCGCCCCAUUCUCCCUCCUUCCAUCACCCCGCCCCAUUCUCCCUCCUUCCCAUAACCCCACCCCAUUCUCCCGCUUUCCAUCACCCCGCCACAUUCUCCCACUUUCCAUCACCCCGCCCCAUUCUCCCUCCUUCCAUCACCGCGCCCCAUUCUCCCGCUUUCCAUCAGCCCGCCCCAUUCUCCCGCUUUCCAUCACCCCUCCCCUUUCUCCCGCUUUCCAUCUCCCCGCCCCAUUCUUCCGCUUUCCAUCACCCCGCCCCAUUCUCCUGCUUUCCAUCACCCCGCCCCAUUCUUCCUCUUCCCAUCAUCCCGCCCCAUACCCCUGCUUUCCAUCACCCCUCCCCAUUCUCCCUCCUUCCAUCACCCCGCCCCAUUCUCUCGCUUUCCAUCACCCCGCCCCAUUGUCCCGCUUUCCAUCAACCCCCCCAUUCUCUCACUUUCCAUCACCCAGCCCCAUUCUCCCGCUUUCCAUCACCCCGCCCCAUUCUCCCUCCUUCCAUCACCCCGCCCCAUUCUCCCUCAUUCCAUCACCCCGCCCCAUUCUCCCGCUUUCCAUCACCCCGCCCCAUUCUUCCGCUUCCCAUAACCUCACCCCAUUCUCCCGCUUUCCAUCACCCCGCCACAUUUUCCCACUUUCCAUCACCCCGCCCCCUUCUCUCUCCUUCCAUCACCCCGCCCCAUUCUCCCUCCUUCCAUCACCCCGCCCCAUUCUCCCUCUUUCCAUCAGCCCCCCGCCCCAUUCUCCCGCUUUCCAUCACCCCGCCCCAUUCUCCCGCUUUCCAUCACCCCGCCCCAUUCUUCCGCUUCCCAUCAUCCCGCCCCAUUCCCCUGCUUUCCAUCACCCCUCCCCAUUCUCCCUCCUUCCAUCACCCCGCCCCAUUCUCUCGCUUUCCAUCACCCCGCCCCAUUCUCCCGCUUUCCAUCACGCCGCCCCAUUCUCCCGCUUUCCAUCACCCCGCCCCAUUCUCCCUCCUUCCAUCACCCCGCCCCAUUCUCCCGCUUUCCAUCACCCCGCCCCAUUCUCCCUUCUUCCAUCACCCCGCCCCAUUCUCCCUCAUUCCAUCACCCCGCCCCAUUCUCCCGCUUUCCAUCACCCCGCCCCAUUCUCCCGCUUCCCAUAACCCCAACCCAUUCUCCCGCUUUCCAUCACCCCGCCACAUUUUCCCACUUUCCAUCACCCCGCCCCCUUCUCUCUCCUUCCAUCAUCCCGCCCCAUUCUCCCGCUUUCCAUCAGCCCGCCCCAUUCUCCCGCUUUCCAUCACCCCGCCCCCUUCUCCCGCUUUCCAUCUCCCCGCCCCAUUCUCCCGCUUUCCAUCACCCCGCCCCAUUCUUCCGCUUUCCAUCACCCGCCCCAUUCUCCCGCUUUCCAUCACCUCGCCCCAUUCUCCCGCUUUCCAUCACCCCGCCCCAUUCUUUUGCUUUCCAUCACCCCGCCCCAUUCUCCCGCUUUCCAUCACCCUGCCCCAUUCACCCGCUUUCCAUCACCCGCCCCAUUCUCCCGCUUUCCAUCACCCCGCCCCAUUCUCCCGCUUUCCAUUGCCCCGCUCCAUUCUCCCGCUUUCCAUCACCCCGCCCCAUUCUCCCGCUUUCCAUCACCCCGCCCCAUUCUCCCGCUUUCCAUCACUCCGCCCCAUUCUCCCGCUUUCCAUCACCCCGACCCAUUCUCCCACUUUCCAUUACCCCGCCCCAUUCUCCCUCCUUCCAUCACCCCGCCUCAUUCUCCCUCCUUCUAUCACCCCGCCCCAUUCUCCUGCUUUCCAUCACCCCACCCCAUUCUCCCGCUUUCCAUCACCCAGCCCCAUUCUCCCGCUUUCCAUCACCCCGCCCCAUUUUCCCACUUUCCAUCACCCCGCCCCAUUCUCCCGCUUUCCAUCACCCUGCCCCAAUCUCCCGCUUUCCAUCACCCCGGCCCAUUCUCCCUCCUUCCAUCACCCCGCCCCAUUCUCCCGCUUUCCAUCACCCCGCCCCAUUCUCUCGCUUUCCAUCACCCAGCCCCAUUCUCCCGCUUUCCAUCACCCCACCCCAUUCUCCCGCUUUCCAUCACCCCACCCCAUUCUCCCUCCUUCCAUCACCCCGCCCCAUUCUCCCUCCUUCCAUCACCCCGCCCCAUUCUCCCGCUUUCCAUCACCCCGCCCCAUUCUUCCUCCUUCCAUCACCCCGCCCCAUUCUCCCUCCUUCCAUCACCCCGCCCCAUUCUCCCGCUUUCCAUCACCCCGCCACAUUCUCCCGCUUUCUAUCACCCCGCCCCAUUCUCCCUCCUUCCAUCACCCCGCCCCAUUCUCCCGCUUUCCAUCACCCCGCCCCAUUCUCCCGAUUUCCAUCACCCCGCCCCAUUCUCCCGCUUUCCAUCACCCCGCCCCAUUCUCCCGCUUUCCAUCACCCUGCCCCAUUCUCCCGCCUUCCAUCAUCCCGCCUUAUUCUCCCUCCUUCCAUCACCCCGCCCCAUUCUUCCGCUUCCCAUCAUCCCGCCCCAUUCCCCCGCUUUCCAUCACCCCUCCCCAUUCUCCCUCCUUCCAUCUCCCCGCCCCAUUCUCUCGCUUUCCAUCACCCCGCCCCAUUCUCCCGCUUUCCAUCACCCCGCCCCAUUCUCCCGCCUUCCAUCACCCCGCCCCAUUCUCCCUCCCUCCAUCACCCCGCCCCAUUCUCCCGCUUUCCAUCACCCCGCCUCAUUCUCCCGCCUCCCAUAACCCCACCCCAUUCUCCCGCUUUCCAUCACCCCGCCACAUUCUCCCACUUUCCAUCACCCCGCCCCCUUCUCUCUCCUUCCAUCACCCCGCCCCAUUCUCCCUCCUUCCAUCACCCCGCCCCAUUCUCCCGCUUUCCAUCAGCCCGCCCCAUUCUCCCGCUUUCCAUCACCCCUCCCCUUUCUCCCGCUUUCCAUCUCCCCGCCCCAUUCUCCCGCUUUCCAUCACCCCGCCCCAUUCCCGCUUUCCAUCACCCCCGCCCCAUUCUUCCGCUUCCCAUCAUCCCGCCCCAUUCCCCCGCUUUCCAUCACCCCUCCCCAUUCUCCCUCCUUCCAUCACCCCGCCCCAUUCUCCCGCUUUCCAUCACCCCGUCCCAUUCUCCCGCCUUCCAUCACGCCGCCCCAUUCUCCCGCUUUCCAUCACCCCGCCCCAUUCUCCCUCCUUCCAUCACCCCGCCCCAUUCUCCCUCAUUCCAUCACCCCGCCCCAUUCUCCCGCUUUCCAUCACCCCGCCCCAUUCUCCCGCUUCCCAUAACCCCAACCCAUUCUCCCGCUUUCCAUCACCCCGCCACAUUUUCCCACUUUCCAUCACCCCGCCCCCUUCUCUCUCCUUCCAUCACCCCGCCCCAUUCUCCAUCCUUCCAUCAACCCGCCCCAUUCUCCAGCUUUCCAUCAGCCCGCCCCAUUCUCCCGCUUUCCAUCACCCCACUCCUUUCUCCCGCUUUCCAUCAGCCCGCCCCAUUCUCCCGCUUUCCAAUACCCCGCCCCUUUCUCCCACUUUCCAUCUCCCCGCCCCAUUCUCCCGCUUUCCAUCACCCCGCCCCAUUCUCCCGCUUUCCAUCACUCCGCCCCAUUCUUCCGCUUCCCAUCAUCCCGCCCCAUUCCACCGCUUUCCAUCACCCCUCCCCAUUCUCCCUCCUUCCAUCACCCCGCCCCAUUCUUCCGCUUUCCAUCACCCGCCCCAUUCUCCCGCUUUCCAUCACCUCGCCCCAUUCUCCCGCUUUCCAUCACCCCGCCCCAUUCUUUUGCUUUCCAUCACCCUGGCCCAUUCUCCCGCUUUCCAUCACCCUGCCCCAUUCACCCGCUUUCCAUCACCCGCCCCAUUCUCCCGCUUUCCAUCACCCCGCCCCAUUCUCCGGCUUUCCAUCACCCCGCUCCAUUCUCCCGCUUUCCAUCACCCCGCCCCAUCCUCCCGCUUUCCAUCACCCCGCCCCAUUCCCCCGCUUUCCACCACCCGACCCAUUCUCCCACUUUCCAUCACCCCGCCCCAUUCUCCCUCCUUCCAUAACCCCGCCUCAUUCUCCCUCCUUCCAUCACCCCGCCCCAUUCUCCCGCUUUCCAUAAGACGCCCCAUUCUCCCGCUUUCCAUCACCCAGCCCCAUUCUCCCGCUUUCCAUCACCCCGCCCCAUUUUUCCGCUUUCCAUCACCCCGCCCCAUUCUCCCGCUUUCCAUCACCCUGCCCCAAUCUCCCGCUUUCCAUCACCCCGCCCCAUUCUCCCUCCUUCCAUCACCCCGCCCCAUUCUCCCGCUUUACAUCACCCCGCCCCAUUCUCCCGCUUUCCAUCACCCAGCCACAUUCUCCCGCUUUCCAUCACCCCGCCCCAUUCUCCCGCUUUCCAUCACCCCACCCCAUUCUCCCUCCUUCCAUCACCCAGCCCCAUUCUCCCUCCUUCCAUCACCCCGCCCCAUUCUCCCGCUUUCCAUCACCCCGCCCCAUUCUCCCUCCUUCCAUCACCCCGCCCCAUUCUCCCUCCUUCCAUCACCCCGCCCCAUUCUCCCGCUUUCCAUCACCCCGCCCCAUUCUCCCGCUUUCCAUCACCUUGCCCCAUUCUCCCACUUUUUAUCACCCCGCCCCAUUCUCCCGCUUUCCAUCGCCCCGCCCGAUUCUCCCUCCUUCCAUCACCCCACACCAUUCUCCCGCUUUCUAUCACCCCGCCCCAUUCUCCUGCUUUCCAUCACCCCGCCCCAUUCUCUUGCUUACUAUCAACCCGCCCCAUUCUCCCGCUUUCUAUCAUCCGUCCCCAUUCUCCCUCCUUCCAUCACCCCGCCUCAUUCUCCCGCUUUCCAUCACCUCGCCCCAUUUUCCCGCUUUUUAUCACCCCGCCCCAUUCUCCCGCUUUCCAUCACCCCGCCUGAUUCUCCCUCCUUCCAUCACCCCACACCAUUCUCCCGCUUUCCAUCACCCCGCCCCAUUCUCCUGCUUUCCAUCACCCCUCCCCAUUCUCCCGCUUUCCAUCACCCCGCCCCAUUCUCCCGCUUUCCAUCACCCCGCCCCAUUCUCCCUCCUUCCAUGACCCCGCCCCAUUCUCCCUCCUUCCAUCACCCCGCCCAAUUCUCCCGCUUUCCAUCACCCUGCCCCAUUCUCCCGCUAUCCAUCAACCCGCCCCAUUCUCCCUCCUUCCAUCACCACGCCCCAUUCUCCCUCCUUCCAUCACCCCGCCCCAUUCUCCUUCCUUCCAUCACCCCGCCCCAUUCUCCCUCCUUCCAUCACCGUGCCCCAUUCUCCCGCUAUACAUCAGCCCGCCCCAUUCUCCCGCUUUUCAUCACCCCGCCCCAUUCUCCCGCUUUCCAUCACCCCGCCCCAUUCACCCGCUUUCCAUCACCCCGCCCCAUUCUCCCGCUUUCCAUCACCCCGCCCCAUUCUCCCGCUUUCCAUCACCCCGCCCCAUUCUCCCGCUUUCCAUCACCCUGCCCCAUUCUCCCGCUUUCCAUCACCCCGCCUCAUUCUCCCGCUUCCCAUCAUCCCGCCCCAUUCCCCGCUUUCCAUCACCUCUCCCUCCUUCCAUCACCCCGCCCCAUUCUCCCGCUUUCUAUCACCCGUCCCCAUUCUCCCUCCUUCCAUCACCCCGCCCCAUUCUCCCGCUUUCCAUCACCCCGCCCCAUUCUCCCGCUUUCCAUCACCUCGCCCCAUUCUCCCGCUUUUUAUCACCCCGCCCCAUUCUCCCGCUUUCCAUCACCCCGCCCGAUUCUCCCUCCUUCCAUCACCCCACACCAUUCUCCCGCUUUCCAUCACCCCGCCCCAUUCUCCUACUUUCCAUCACCCCUCCCCAUUCUCCCGCUUUCCAUCACCCCGCCCCAUUCUCCCGCUUUCCAUCACCCCGCCCCAUUCUCCCGCUUUCCAUCACGCCGCCCCAUUCUCCCACUUUCCCUCACCCCGCCCCAUUCUCCAGCUUUCCAUCACCCCGCCCCAUUCUCCCGCUUCCCAUCAACCCGCCCCAUUCUCCCGCUUUCUAUCACCCGUCCCCGUUCUUCCUCCUUCCAUCACCCCGCCCCAUUCUCCCGCUUUCCAUCACCCCGCCCCAUUCUCCCGCUUUCCAUCACCUUGCCCCAUUCUCCCACUUUUUAUCACCCCGCCCCAUUCUCCCGCUUUCCAUUGCCCCGCCCGAUUCUCCCUCCUUCCAUCACCCCACACCAUUCUCCCGCAUUCUAUCACCCCGCCCCAUUCUCCUGCUUUCCAUCACCCCGCCCCAUUCUCUUGCUUACUAUCAACCCGCCCCACUCUCCCGCUUUCUAUCAUCCGUCCCCAUUCUCCCUCCUUCCAUCACCCCGCCCCAUUCUCCCGCUUUCCAUCACCCCGCCCCAUUCUCCCGCUUUCCAUCACCUCGCCCCAUUCUCCCGCUUUUUAUCACCCCGCCCCAUUCUCCCGCUUUCCAUCACCCCGCCUGAUUCUCCCUCCUUCCAUCACCCCACCCCAUUCUCACUCUUUCCAUCACCCCUCCCCAUUCUCCCUCUUUCGAUCACCCCGCCCCAUUCUCCUGCUUUCCAUCACCCCGCCCCAUUCUCCCUCUUUCCAUCACCCCGGCCCAUUCUCCCGCCUUCCAUCACCCCGCCCCAUUCUCCAUCUUUCCAUCACCCUGCCCAAUUCUCCCCCUUUCCAUUACCCCGCCCCAUUCUCCCGCCUUCCAUAACCCCGCCCCAUUCUCCCUCUUUCCAUCACCCCGCCCCAUUCUCCCGCUUUCCAUCACCCCGCCUUAUUUUCCCGAUUUCCAUCACCCCGCCCCAUUCUCCCGCUUUCCAUCACCCCGCCCCAUUCUCCCGCUUUCCAUCACCCCGCCCCAUUCUCCCGUUUUCCAUCACCCCGCCCCAUUCUCCCGCUUUCCAUCACCCAGCCCCAUUCUCCCUCUUUCCAACACCCCGCCCCAUUCUCCCGCAUUCCAUCACCCCGCCCCAUUUUCCCUCGUUCCAUCACCCCACUCCAUUCUCCCGCUUUCCAUCACCCCGCCCCAUUCUCCCUCUUUCCAUCACCCCGCCCCAUUCUCCCGCUUUCCAUCACCCCGCCCCAUUCUCCCUCUUUCCAUCACCCCGCCCCAUUCUCCCGCUUUCCAUCACCCCGCCCCAUUCUCCCUCUUUCCAUCACCCUGCUCCAUUCUCCCGCUUUCCAUCACCCCGCCCAAUUCUCCCUCUUUCCAUCACCCCUCCUCAUUCUUCCUCUUUCCAUCACCCCGCCCCAUUCUCCCGCUUUCCACCACCCCGCUCCAUUCUCCCACUUUCCAUCACCCCGCCCAAUUCUCCCGCUUUCCAUCACCACGCCCCAUUUUCCCUCUUUCCAUCACCCCGCCCCAUUCUCCCGCUUUCCAUCACCCCGCCCCAUUCUCCCGCUUUCCAUCACCCCGCUCCAUUCUCCCGCUUUCCAUCACCCCGCCCAAUUCUCCCUCUUUCUAUCACCCCUCUCCAUUUUCCCUCUUUCCAUCACCCCUCCCCAUUCUCCCGCCUUUCAUCACCCCGCCCCAUUCUCCCGCUUUCCAUCACCCCGCCCAAUUCUCCCGCUUUCCAUCACCCCGCCCCAUUCUCCCGCCUUCCAUCACCCCGCCCCAUUCUCCCUCUUUCCAUCACCCCGCCCCAUUCUCACGCUUUCCAUCACCCCACCCCAUUCUCCCUCUUUCCAUCACCCCGCCCCAUUCUCCCGCUUUCCAUCACCCCGCCCCAUUCUCCCUCUAUCCAUCACCCCGCCCAAUUCUCCCACUUUCCAUCACCCCGCCCCGUUCUCCUGCUUUCCAUCACCCCGCCCCAUUCUCCCGCUUUCCAUCACCCCGCCCAAUUCUCCCUCUUUCCAUCACCCCUCCCCAUUCUCCCUUUUUCCAUAACCCCGCCCCAUUCUCCCGCUUUCCAUCACCCCGCCCCAUUCUACCGCUUUCCAUCACCCCGCCUCAUUCUCCCUCUUUCCAUCACCACGCCCCAUUCUCCCUCUUUCCAUCACCCCGCCCCAUUCUCCCGCUUUCCAUCACCCCGCCCCGUUCUCCCUCUUUCCAUAACCCUGCCCCAUUCUCCCGCUUUCCAUCACCCUGCCCCAUUCUCCCUCUUUCCAUCACCCCACCCCGUUCUCCCGCUUUCGAUCACCCCGCCCCAUUCUCCUGCUUUCCAUCACCCCGCCCCAUUCUCCUGCUUUCCAUCACCCCGCCCCAUUCUCCCUCUUUCCAUCACCCCGCCCCAUUCUCCCGCUUUCCAUCACCCCGCCCCAUUCUCCCGCUUUCCAUCACCCCGCCCCAUUCUCCCGCUUUCCAUCACCCCGUCCCAUUCUCCCUCUUUCCAUCACCCCGCCCCAUUCUCCCGCUUUCCAUCACCCCGCCCCAUUCUUCCUCUUUCCAUCUCCCCGCCCCAUUCUCCCUCUUUCCAUCACCCCGCCCCAUUCUCCCUCUUUCCAUCACCCCGCCCCAUUCUCCCUCUUUCCAUCACCCCGCCCCAUUCUCCCGAUUUCCGUCACCCCGCCCCAUUCUUCCUCUUUCCAUCACCCCGCCCCAUUCUUCCUCUUUCCAUCUCCCCGCCCCAUUCUCCCUCUUUCCAUCACCCCGCCCCAUUCUCCCUCUUUCCAUCACCCCGCCCCAUUCUCCCUCUUUCCAUCACCCCGCCCCAUUCUCCCGAUUUCCGUCACCCCGCCCCAUUCUCCCUCUUUCCAUCACCCCACCCCAUUCUCCCGAUUUCCGUCAUCCUGCCCCAUUCUCCCUCUUUCCAUCACCCCGCCCCAUUCUCCCUCUUUCCAUCACCCCGCCCCAUUCUCCCGAUUUCCGUCACCCCGCCCCAUUCUCCCUCUUUCCAUCACCCCACCCCAUUCUCCCGAUUUCCGUCAUCCUGCCCCAUUCUCCCUCUUUCCAUCACCCCGCCCCAUUCUCCCUCUUUCCAUCACCCCGCCCAAUUCUCCCGCUUUCCAUCACCCCGCCCCAUUCUUCCUCUUUCCAUCUCCCCGCCCCAUUCUCCCUCUUUCCAUCACCCCGCCCCAUUCUCCCUCUUUCCAUCACCCUGCCCCAUUCUCCCUCUUUCCAUCACCCCGCCCCAUUCUCCCGAUUUCCGUCACCCCGCCCCAUUCUCCCUCUUUCCAUCACCCCGCCCCAUUCUCCCUCUUUCCAUCACCCCGACCAAUUCUCCUGCUUUCCAUCACCCCGCCCCAUUCUCCCUCUUUCCAUCACCCCGCCCCAUUCUUCCACUUUCCAUCACCCCGCCCCAUUCUCCCUCUUUCCAUAACCCCGCCCCAUACUCCCGCUUUCCAUCACCCCGCCCCAUUCUCCCUCUUUCCAUCACCCCGCCCCAUUCUCCCGCUUUCCAUCACCCCGCCCCAAUCUCCCUCAUUCCAUAA